AUGGAAAGGACCAAUGGUUCCAUCUGGACAGAAUUCAUCCUGGUCGGGUUCUCUGCCCACCCAAAGGUCCAGACAGUUCUCUUUGUGCUGGUUUUAUGGAUGUACCUGAUGAUCCUGCUGGGAAAUGGAGUCCUCAUCUCAGUAAUCAUCUAUGAUUCCCAUCUGCACACCCUCAUGUACUUCUUCCUCUGCAAUCUUUCCUUCCUGGACAUAUGCUACACAAGCUCCUCUGUCCCACUAACUCUCAACAGUUUCCUGACAGUGAGGAAAAGGGUUUCCUUCUCUGGGUGCAUGGUGCAGAUGUUUCUCUCCUUUGCCAUGGGGGCCACCGAAUGUGUCCUCUUGGGCAUGAUGGCACUUGACCGCUACGUGGUCAUCUGCUACCCACUCAGGUACCCUGUCAUCAUGAGAAAGGCUGCCUAUGUGCCCAUGGCAGCUGAGUCCUGGGUCGCUGGGCUAGUGGACUCCAUGGUGCAGACAUCUCUCACAAUGCAGUUACCAUUCUGUGCUAAUAACGUCAUUCACCAUUUUGCCUGUGAAAUCCUGGCUAUCCUGAAACUGGCCUGUGCUGAUAUUUCAACCAACAUGAUCAGCAUGACAUGCUCAACACAUGGGGUAUUGGUCAGCUUUUUUCUGAAAUUGAAUAAGUUACUCUGA